AAACACAAAACACAGUUUAUUGUCUUUCUCAGUUAUCUCGUACUCUGUACAAAAACCGCUUGAACAAGACACACUCUUGUAGCCUUCAACACAAUCUAGUAAUCUACCAACAACCAAAACAAAAACAGAAACGAAAAGGAGUACUGGAGCAAACCCAAAAAGAAAAAAAAAAACUGAAAAUAGAGAAAAUGUUUUUCUGAAAACAAGGAAAACAGAAGUACCAGAUCUCUUUUUCUCGGUAUUUUAAUUAGAUCUUUCUUCUUCUUAAAGCCCUUUACUCUAGGAUUAAAGGGUGUUUAUACAUUCAUUCGAGGAGCAAUCUUUGAAGGCUGUUUUUGAGAACUGCGUGGUUGUGCUGACGAAUAAACGGCCAAGAUUGAGUUUUGAGAUCGAUUGUGGUUUUCUUCUUAAUUAUUUGCAGUUUUGUUUGAUUUUUAGUUAUUUUUAGUUGUGGGGUGUCCUUGUGAUUGUGUGAUGGGAAGUCCUGAAUCUGAAGACGAUGGUAACAGAACGAAUAACAUUGACCCAUCAGUGGGCGGGUUGGUUUGGGUCCGGAGACGAAAUGGGUCGUGGUGGCCGGGUCGGAUUCUGGGUCUGGAUGAGGUUUCUGAGGGUUGUUUGGUUUCACCAAGAUCUGGUACUCCUGUUAAGCUUCUAGGUCGUGAAGAUGCCAGUGUGGAUUGGUAUAAUCUUGAAAAAUCUAAGAGGGUGAAGGCAUUUCGUUGUGGAGAGUAUGAUGAAUGCAUUAAGAAAGCAAAAGCUUCUGCAGCAAACCCUGGUAAGAAAGCAGUGAAAUAUGCUAGGAGGGAAGAUGCCAUCCUUCAUGCUCUUGAGCUUGAGAGUACUCGCCUUGGCAAGGAUCAUCCAGACUACUGGGUUAGACCGGAUAAUUCCAGUGCUGAGGUUGGUCUAGCCAAAGAAUCACCUUUCAUAUCCCAUUCUAGCAAGGAGAAUGAGGAUGUGAGUGAUGAAACAAGUGAUUCUGAAGAUAACUCAGAUUCUGCACCUGAAUUAUCUCAAUCUGGCAUAUCUUUUGAAGAGGUAAAUCGUACUAGUGCUUCUAAGGUGCUAUCUGUGCAAGGUAAGAGAAGAAGAACACCAAAUGAUUCAGAGGAUGAUGGAAUUGAGGGUAGUAAGCGCAUGAGAGGACUUGAGGACCUAGGCAUGGGAGUAGGCUCAAAAAGAAAAGUCCAGGCUGUGAGAGCACCUGAGUUAGCUCAACAAGAAAGUGCUUCACCGAGUGAUUCAUACACUGGAAAUAUGUCUAAUGGAGGUCCUGUAAAUGGUAACAAAGGGCAUUCUUCAUCACUGAAAAGAAAGCGAACACAAGUGCCAAAUGUUCAUGAGUUCUUAAAAAAGAAGAAUCGUCGCCGACCUUUGACAAAAGUUCUGGAGAGUACUGCUAUGGUAUCUGUGCCAGUUGUCUGUGAUCAAAUAGCCAGUUCAAGUGGUUCACCUAUUCGUGGUUUAUCUGAUAGCAAGGUUUCUGGAGUAGAAUCUAAUGAAUCAAGGAAGAGUUUGUCUGUGGUUAUUAACAACAACUCUGAAGGCACUGUAGUUUCUUGUGAAAAUGGUGACCACUUGAAUGCUUCUGAACAUGCCUGUGAUGCUUCUCAAAUUAAUCAUAAGAUGAAGGAGAGUGAAAUUUCCAGCAUAUCUGGUUUAGUGGGAAAAGACAAGUUAUUUGAUGUGCCAUUUGUUGUGGCAGAUAAACACUCAGCAGGUUCUUCUCCUAUGGUUGUCCCUUGUUCUUCUGGGAGGCCUCAAGUUGGUGUCUUGGGAAGACAAUCUAGUCAAUGCAGCCUAGAAGAAUCUAUACCUUCAAAAAAUGAGGGACUUAAUGAGUCUGGUUCUACCAGUUCAGCAGCUGUUCAUGUUAACAAUAUUUGCCAGAUGGAGAAAGGUACGUCAAAGUGGCAGUUAAAAGGAAAGAGGAAUUCAAGACAUAUGAGUAAGAAUAGAAGACACGACUCAAGAAGAUAUGUGGACAUGGAUGAUGAGCCAAAUGCUUAUGUGGCAGGAAUGGAGCAACUGGAUGGUUCUCAUCAGAAAGCUGAUUGCGAUGGUAUUUGUGGCUCCAAGUCUAAAACUGAAACAGAAGACAAACACUGGAGGAAGUCUAUUCCUCACAGGGAACCUCACAUGAGAACCACAGAGGUGAAAUUAUUGUCUGAUGGUUGUAUAAGUCCUAGAAGGUCACUUCCCUUUCGACAAACCCGGUACAUGGUUCAUUCCAGAUUUCAAAUGUCUGAUUAUCCUGUCAGAAAUUUUUGUGUUGAAUCUGCACUGUAUGACAUUGAGCUUGAGGUGAAGGCCAGCUACAAGCCACAGCAUGUUCCGCUUGUUUCCCUUAUGAGUAAAUUGAAUGGUAAAGCCAUUGUUGGUCAUCCUCUUACUGUUGAGGCUUUGCUUGAUGGCCACUGUGAUGGCAUUGAAUGUGAUGCAACUUGUGUGUCUGUGUUGGAGUCUGCUUCUGAAAUGAGUUGUGCAAUGAAGCGAAAUUCAGAAGUUAGAAGAAUUUCUACAAAGCAUAAAAAACUGUCAUCACGAUACUCACCGAAUAGAAGGAAAAAUGGAAUAUUGUCUAAAAAGAUACGGAAAUUGUCCUCACUGACUGGCCAAGCAGAGAGGAAGCCAGUGGUUGAAAAGCCAAAGGGUGCUGUUGUUGCGUGUAUCCCUCUGAAAUUAGUGUUCAGUAGGAUAAAUGAAGCAGUGAAUGGUUCUGCACGACCAGCUUUGGGUAAUUUGGCAUCAAGCAACUUGUGAAUUCAGACAUGAACUAGUUGGUAUGCUAGGGAUUUUUAUGUGGUUAGAUUUCCCAGUGUAUCUAUGCAUAUUUAGCGGGAGUUUUUAUGAUCUGCGUAAAGUUAGAAUCCGACUAUACAAUUCCAGUAGAGUUCCUUGUUGUAAGAGUAUGAAGGAUGAAGGGUGCUUUGUAAAUAAUGUAACAUUAGCUGAGCUGUAAAGUUGGUGAUCUGGUUUUAGGUACACUCAUGACCUUAUCUCAGGUUCUUAAUUCAUGAUUCAGGUUGACUCAGUGGGCAAAUAACUUAGUUUUGUUGUACUUUUUGGAUUGGGACACAAUGAGUAAUUUACUCCAAGCCAUUUUCUCUUU